UUGCAAAUGGUCUUAGGCUCCCGAAGCUAUAUCGCUCUAGAACCAUGAAACCCUUCCAAUGCGCAUAUGAUAAUCAUCCAGUUUCAGCGGAGUCGUUCAAAGCGUUAUAAAGGGGCGUCGGACCAGGUGUGUCAUAGUCUUCCCCAACAACAAUGACAGCCCUCACACUCGCUUCAGCUGUCUUUCUUCUCCUACCGUACGUCUUGGGAAAGCAGGCCCUCUCUUCUCGCCAGAGCUCCUGUGAUACCUAUGUCGUCUCGGGAAUCUCUGGCGGGUUCACCGAGCAAGUCUCCGUCGACUUCACUUCUGUCCAGUCUGGUGGGAACGCUGCAAACUUCCUUUCGCAGCAUGGUCUCUCCAUCAGUGACUACAGCGUUGCCUCCACUCCAAUCGCACACGAUUUUGUACCCGAGAACGUUCUUCUCGGGAACGGUGUUCUUCAGCUUAAAGUCACAUCUUACAGUGGGAGCGGCAGUGUCGAAUCUGCUGAGGUGGUGACAGAUGAUACAUUUGCGUACGCCUCUGUGCGGACGGUACUCAAAUCCAGCCCUACGGCUGGGGUCUGCGAGGGAAAUUUCUUCUAUUUGAGCGACACGCAAGAGACUGAUACCGAAAUCUUAACGUCUACAACACUCACUGGGAACAAUUAUGUUCCUGCUGGGAUUUGGACGACCAAUCAGGCUACUACCGAGGGCGGCACCAAAACUACUGACAACGUGGAAUUCACAUUCGAUCCAUCCCAGGACUUUCAUGAAUACCGUAUCGAUUGGUCUCCUUCAGCGACAGCCUUCUAUAUCGAUGGUACUCAGAUAAACAAAUUUUCGGACAACGUGCCUUGGGAAAGUGGUUACUGGAUCUGGAAUGCUUGGAGCAGCGGUGACCCGUACUGGUCCAAUGGACCCCCGACUGCCGAUUCGAUCACUGAGAUCAGGUCAAUUGUGCUGUACAAGGGAUAUACCUCGACGACUUCGGGCGCUAUUUGUAACGUCUAAUAACCCUAGUCAUUGGUCGAAUCAUACCAUCGACCUGGAAUUUGUUCUUUGAGUAUUGCUAAAUGCUAUAUAUUCUCCAAUUCGCUCUCAUUCCUAGUUCUGGGGUAGUGUCGGUCUCUGGCGUUCUUUCUUUUUUUCCUGCCACCGUUUCUGGCCCUCUUCUACCUCAUCCUUCAGCUUCUGCGACACUUUCAACUGACAUUCCUCCCGCUUGCGAG